AUGGGCUACUUCACCCGGUCGCGCGGCCGGUUGGACACUCCGCCCAAGGAGCAGCCAAAGCCGCGCAAACUUCAGAAGAACCCGCGCCGCGUCCAGAAGCCGGCGACCGAGCCUGUGCCUGACCUGCAAAAUGAUUGCGUGAGGUCCGGCCCUCUGGAGAACGCGUUGCCUCCAUCGUCGCCGCGACUUACCAGCGCCGACUCUGCUGGGACCGACACCAAUCCCCAGCGCGCCGCAGCGGAGACCAUGAAGCCGAUCGGCCAGUACCCGUCGCCCGCCGAGUACAAGACCGCCGGCCUGACCCCGCCAACCAAAAAUUCCUUGCUGAAGGCGAAGGGGUCUCUGCGAGCUGAGGGAGCGGUGCCCAACCCUGCCUCCGACACGAUCAUCACCCCCGUCGCGGACGAAGCGAUCGUACCCGAUGUCCCGCGCACCGAAGACGACGAUGUGGUGAUGAGCGGAGCGGAGGCAGAGUCGGCCGCAGACGUUGCCCAAGAAGCCGUGGCUGGAGAGGUGGGCGUGGAAGAUGUCCUUGACACCAAUGUCACGACCCCCGCGUCCUAUGCAGUCGACAACCCGACUACACACUCCUCGACUUCCCCCUCCCUCGAGGUUCCGGCGCAUGAAGCCGUUCCUCAACUCUCCGUCACCGACAACCAGGGAGACGCGCCUGACGCCGAAACCCCAGUCCUCGAAACCCAGUCGACCGUAAUCGGUGCUGUUGUAGAUACUGCAGCUUCUGAGAGCGAGUCCGCUACGCCUCCGGAUUUCGCAGCUGUGCUGGAUUCUCUUCCUCUCCCCAUGUCCGACACAUACGAUGUUCCUAAGCUGAAGCAGGUCUUGAAAAUUGCCGUCAAUCACUCUCUCCAAAAAGGGCACGCCGAUGCCGCCCUGAGCAUCGUUUACUUUUGGUCUGAUGUCUCGAAUGAUGAUUUCAAGCUGUCGUUGAUUGAGAACCUUUCCCGCGACGUCCUUGAUCACAAUCUUGAGCUCGCCCUGAGGGUCAUCUUGCGCGACUCGAUGAAUGAUGCUGUCAAGUGGUACGAGACUUACACUGCGGAACGGGAACAAUCCACCCUUCACCAUGACUCUGGUAGCGAGUCGAGUCUUUCAUCUGCCAAAUCGGUUGACCCGGAACCGAUUGGCCAGACGGGCUUUAAGACCACAGAAAUCUACCGCGACACUUCCGGUCCGCGAGUCGAAGAGGCAUUCAGAAAUGGUAAAUCCAAUACCGCGCCUUUGAAGAGACCCAAGAAGCGAUGCCCGGUCAAUGAACAUGCAUACAAGCGCCGACGCGAUUGGGAGACAGAUCCUGACCUAGAAGAGUCGUUGCGCGUCAAACGCCAGAACCUGACCGAGCAGGCUGCUUAUAUGCUCCCUCAAAGCGUUGAGCAUAGUGCAGUCCGUGAAGAUGAAGAAGGACAGCGAGUGAAAUGUCGUCUCAUUCUGUCUGUGAAGAAGAAUGGGCACAAGACUCGCGAUACCGCUCCUAAAACUGCAGACCCAACCUCUGCUGGCCCUGGAAACAACCCUCCUUCCCGUGGACGUCGGCUUAAUAGCACUCGUGCGAAGUCAAAACGCACCAGCCAGCGGGUACAGAGUCCGGUUCGGUCGCUUUCUGUCGACACCACUCUCUCGAGCAUCUCUACCUUAUCCAACUCGGCUUACUCGGAGAAGUCCAACAAGUGGGCCGCCGAGCAUGAACCACGGCGUAUGCCGAAUUCAAUUGAGCCACCUGAGAACAGCGACAACUGCUAUGAAUGCGGCUCCGGCGGCGAGCUUCUCUGCUGCGAUACUUGCCCCAAUGCCUUCCACUUCAAGUGUUUAAACCCCCCUAUGGACCCGAAGAAUCCGCCGCAGGGCGAGUGGUACUGUCCCAGGUGCACAGUCCGAAACCCCUUUACCACGUUGAUCGCGCACACCCACCACAAAAAGAAGACUCAGUUCAGCCUGCCCCAGGGCAUCAAAGAACACUUCCUCGGAGUCGGCGAGGGAGUCGUGCACGACACCGCAUAUCCGCGCGAUCAAAAGAAUCAGCAAUACUACAAGCCGGUCCCCCACCUGCCGCGGCUGACUAAGCCACCCAAGACCCCUGGCCCUACUCCCGAAUACACCAACGCCUCCCUUCUGCGCGAAUAUGACGCCAACAAGAACUUGAUCUGGUGCUUCAAAUGUGGAAAAACUUCGGGCGGUACUCAUCCCAUCAUCACUUGUGACUAUUGUCCCUGCCGCUUUCAUCUUGACUGUCUGAAUCCGCCCCGCGCCAACCCCCCAAACCCUUCUGUCGGGUGGAUGUGCCCGAAUCAUGUAACUCCUGAUGAUAUGAUUGCGACCAAGGAAGUUGACGGCCAGACGCGUGUGCGCCGUGUGCGCCGAACCAAGAACAUGCAGUCGAUUGAUAUCGACGUUCGUCUCCCUGAGACCUCUGACCAGACCAUGUUCGAUGACGACUGGCGGGAGAAAAGGGCCCAUCUCCCUGCUGGCGACAUCACCAUGGACUUUAUCAGUUCUGUCAAGGAGAAGCGCGAGAAUCGCACCCGCAGCUUUUUCAAGAAUGUCGAAAAGCAAUGCCUGAAGAUGGCCAAGCAGAUGACCUUGGACUUUUUCGCUCGCACCGGUAACUCUGGUAUCACGAGUUCGAACGGAUGUCCCGUCGAACUGGUGCAGAAUAUCUCUUCUGGUUUGCAGAAUGUACAGAGUGGCACAUGGUCCACUGAUCAAUUCGAUGCCGCCGCUUGUCUUCUCAACCUUUCUCAGACCGCAGUGCCCCCCAAUGCAUUCGCCGAGGGUGGCUGGUCGCAAACCGAUUCCUCCGGCUCCAAACCUGACGAGGCCAUUGGCUUGGAUUCGUCGCAAACUGCAUCCGCCUCUCCCGAGGCCGGCGAAGAAUCCGCCGCCGCCUCUUUCCCAGCCAAAGAAGCUGGCUCACGCCCUGAUGAGGGAAUCGCCUUGGAAUCAUCGCAGCAUGCUUCCACCUCACCUCCUCACCCAACCAUCGAACCCACCCAGGCGCCCUCUCCGGUCUUUGAAUUUGAGGAUUCGCAAUCUGAGUACUCCGACUCCGACAUCCUCCCCAAAGCCCCGGUCUACGAAACCGCUGUUGAUCGUGAGCGGAAGAAACGCGCUCGUACCGAGUCAGAGGCACUCGCGACCGAGGAAGAACCCUCGCGCAAGCGCCGACACACCUAA